AUGAGCGCCUUCUCAUCAGCACCUCAACUUCAUGUCAACCUACAUCGUUCUAUGAAGAUGGCGACUGGCUCAAAAUCUAUGGGGUCCGAGCAGGCUCUCAAAGCAAGCAAUAUCCUGCAAAAUGACGGCCUCAACUGCGUGAUAUGCGAAAAGAUACUCGCCAUUUUCCGUUGUUCCAGUGGCGCUGACUGGCAUGGAACAGUAUCUUCUCUACUAACAGGUUCUUGUCCACGUGUGGAAGGAUUUAGGAACUUGUAAUCUUGGGAUGGACGGCUGAUUGCAAAUUACGAAGAAGUAUACUUGCUAGCCGUGAAGGGUUCAGCGUCGCAGCCGCAUAUGAAGUUUGAGGCAAAUCAUCUUGAACUUUACACGGAAGACGUUUAUCUCCUCCACAGAGCAGUGGUACAUGACCACCCUGGGAAAGCUCUUACUGUGGAAUCUGAAUGGAUAGACGAGGGAACGGUCAACUCCUGGAUUUCGACUUGUGAAAAGGUUCACGGAGACCGAUGCAGAUAUAAAGCACCGUCUAUAGAAGAAAAGGGCGCAGAACUAAAGCCGUUUUAUCGAAUAGACAUUGUUGAACAUUGCAUAGUCACAAGCAGUGACGACGUACAGGAAUCUGUUGCAUUGAGUUACGUCUGGGUCAAACGCAAAGCCUGCGAAAUAACACGAAAAUCUGCCAGAAGCUACUACGAAAAGGUUCUCUGCUCGAUGGAGAAUUCUCCCAGCUACUCCCACAGACCAUAAAAGAUGCCAUAUCGAUUGUUCGUAUCCUCGGCAAACGCUACCUCUGGGUAGAUGCACUUUGCAUUCUACAAGAUGACGAGCAGUUUUUGAAAAGGGAACUUGACAGAAUGCACCUCAUAUAUGCCUGUGCAAGCUUCACAAUAAUCGCAGCGGUUGGAACAGAUGCAAACCAUGGGUUGCAAGGGUUUAAAAAUCUGACAGCUCCUCGCAAAAGACGUCAGAUUGCAAUACAAUUAGAGGGCUCGGAAAAACUCAUAAUAGACAGUAACACUCGCCCGUCUGGAAAGAGGUGGACCAUGACUCAACACACCUCCUACUACGACCGAGGGUGGACGUUUCAAGAGUUCGUAUUCUCGAGAAGGAGAAUGAUUUUCCAAAAUGAAGGCAUUGUGUGGGAAUGCCAGUGUUCAUCUUGGCAUGAGGACUUGAUACCUCACUCAAAAUUCCAGGAGGGGAAGGAGAAUAAUGGUCUGGACAUGUUCUUCUACAGGACUGUACCUGAACUUCUCACCCUGCGUAAUCCGAUGGUAGAAUACAAUCAAAAACUUUUCACCUUCCCUGAAGACGCAGUUUCGGCAUUUCAAGGAUUUCAAUCCAUCCUUCAUCGUACGUUUCCUGGAGGUCUUUUGUACGGCCAUCCAGAGUUCUUCUUCGAUAUCACUCUGAGCUGGUAUCCUUUUCAUGGUUUCAAAAGAUGGGUUCCAUUAAUAUCAACAAAGCAUCUGCCCAGUUGGUCGUGGGUUGGCUGGGAUGGAACGAUUUGCUUCCCGGAUGAUGUGGAGAAUUGCGGUAAUUUAUGGCCCAUAUCAACAGACGUAGAAGGCUACAGGAGUCCAGUGGCCAGCUGGUAUACAGCUAACUCGCCUUGUUCGAUUCAAAAGAGACGGAUUAACUCCGCGUGGCAUGACCACCGUCUUUUAGCGCAAAACGAGGCAGCCGAAAUCUCUUCUGGAUGGACUCGGCAUGACUUCAAGCUCGACACAGAGUUCUACAAUGGAAGACAUAUUUUGGAGCUGUAUCUUCUUCUUAAAUUCAGAGGUAUUCCAAGAUACUGUUUCAGUCACCCUGACUUGGUAAACUUCGGACCAAAAAAGCGUUAUCUCUGGUAUCCAAUUCCCAUCCUAGAGCCAGCUUCUCCGGAUCCUCCGAUUGAGCCGCAAACAGCCUUCAUCUUUGCCCAAACUAGUCGAGCGUAUCUAUCUGUCAGAACCAUAUGUUUUGAACCGCAACGUAUUUCCCGGAAACAUGAAGGCUGGCAUCCUCCUUCGGUUCACUUGUCUGAUCGAUCGGGAAAAUUUGUCGGAUACCUCCAUUUGCACAAUAAUGAUGAUUUAGCUGAGUUCGAGGAGGAGAUUGAUGCCAACGGUAGGAAGCUCGUUGAAUUGGUAGCGACUUGCAAAGGCUAUACUGGGGAAAGAUAUUCGAUCAUGAGCUUGCGGAAAGAAUUAAGGAGGAAUCGGGUGCACAGGAGUGGGAUCCUCAGCUGAAGAAUUGCUAUUUUGUUCUAUGGAUUGAAUGGAAGGAUGGGGUUGCCUAUCGUCGCGCGGCUGGUGCUGUCACUGAGGAGGCGUGGGAUUCCGAAAAGGAAAGUGAGCUUGUGGAUUUGGUACUUGGGUGA